AGCUCGGCAAGCUCAUGCAACCUUGCGUCCAAGCGCGCGCUCAGAGCUCCACACGCACAAACACGCACAUUCCUUACUGUUAUUAUUAUUAUUAUUAUUAUUAUCAUAAUUAACAGCAUCCACGAGCAUGUCGCGCGGACCAAGAGCAUCGUCUUUGGGCGCGGAAGCGCGUUUUGGUCGCGAGCGCAGCCCGGUGCGCUUCGGUGCGAGUUUUAACCGCAUGAGCAGCACCGGAGGCGCAAUGCAUCCCGGAGAGGAAAAAGAGACCAUGCGCGGGCUGAACGAGCGUCUGGCGGGUUACCUGGGCCAGGUGAGACUGCUGGAGGAAGCCAAUAACAAGCUCGAGGCGCAGAUUAAGGAGGUGUUAAAGGAGAGGCGCGCGGCCGGACAGAGAGACUGGAGUGGCUAUGAGAACACUCUCUCCACCCUGAGAAACCAGGUGAAAGAAAUGACGCUGGAUAACGCUCGCCUCAUGCUACACAUCGAUAACUCCAGACUGGCCGCUGAUGACUUUAAAGUCAAGUUAGAGGCGGAGAUCGCAGUCCGCCAGGGAGUCGAACAGGACAUCACGAACCUCCGGAAGAUGAUCGACGACACGCACAUGAACCGCAUGCAGCUGGAGAGCGAGGUCGAGGCUCUGACGGAGGAGCUGAUAUUCCUGAAAAAGAGUCAUGAAGAGGAUGUCGCCAGUGUGAAAGGCCAGAUCAGAGACGCCACCGUGGACGUGCAGAUGGACGCUGCGAAGGGCCAAGACCUCAGCGAGACCAUCGACAAAAUCCGCCAUCAAUAUGCAAAAGCGGCACAGAAGAACCGGGAGGAGACCGAGGCCUGGUACCAAGCCAAGUUUGAAAACAUCUCAGCAGAGGUGAGCAGGAACACCGAUGCUCUCCAGCAGGGACAGAGCGAGCUGAGCGACCUGCGCAGACAGAAACAACAGCUGGAGAUCGAACUUCAGGGCAUGCACAGCAUGAACCGCUCUCUGGAAGACACGCUGAAUGACACGGUGGGACAUUGCUCCAGAAACGUAAACAAUCACAACAUGGUUAUCCAGCAGCUGGAGGCGGAGCUUGCGGAUGUCCUCGCCCAGGUGAAAAGGCAGGGGGCGGAGUACGAGGCUCUGAUUAACAUCAAGAGUAAACUGGAGGAAGAGAUCGCUGUCUAUCACAGUCUUCUGGCAGGCACAGGACUGCCCUCCAGCGGUGUCCCCGAUUUUGGAUUACCUGAAUAUGGUGAUUCUAGAGGCAUGGGAGCACGAGAAGAUUUCAAUAUCAAGAAUACCGGCCCACCAGAAGAUGCUAAUGUCAUCGAUAAUGGUGCAUUUGAAGAUGCUAAUAUUGGAGGCGUCGGUUUGGAUGGAGAUGGCGAAAGUGUGGAGUUCUCAUUAGAGCAGGCUCUGAGCGCUGAGCCCCGGUACCUGAUUCCUGACCCGAUACUCAAUAACGAAAUCGUGGAAGAACAGACAGUCGUUCAGAAGGACCUGGAGCUGAACUCUGCAAACACUGCCAUGAACAAGCAGUACGAUCAAAAAGAAGAUGGACAAGGAAUGGAAGAAGACCGAGUUAUUGAAGAGGAAAUGGAGAAGGAGGAGGAGACGGUGGUGGAAGUUCAGGCGGAGAACGAGGAGGAGCCCAGGACAGUGAGCCCAGUGGAGGACACUGUAGCCGAGAAGGCGGAGGAAGAGGAGAUGGUGAGCCUCGUAGAAGACAUUCUGGUGGAGAAAGAAAGUACAGAGUACACUGUAGAGGAUGUUAACGUGGAGAAGGUGGAAGACGCAGUGAGUCUUGUGGUGCACACUCAGGUGGAGAAGGUGGAAGACGCAGUGAGUCUUGUGGUGCACACUCAGGUGGAGAAGGUGGAAGACGCAGUGAGUCCUGUGGUGCACACUCAGGUGGAGAAGGUGGAAGACGCAGUGAGUCUUGUGGUGCACACUCAGGUGGAGAAGGUGGAAGACACAGCGAGUCCUGUGGUGCACACUCAGGUGGAGAAGGCGGCAAGUCCUGUGGAGGACAAUGAGGCCAAGGAGGAGGUGGAGUUAAAACCUACUGUGGAGAACCCAGAGGCGGAGGCUUUACAGAACGUGGAAGAAUGAUGCUUCCACUGCAGUGUUGCACAACGUCCUCAGUGGUGUCAGUUUUAAAUUACUGCCUUAAUCUCUUUCUUUCUAUAUUUCUCUCUGUCUCUGAAGUGUGCAUGUCUGCCUGUUGUCCCUCUGUUCAACAAUAAAAGAAGUGUGACCUCUGA